AAUUGCACUAAGCAUAUAGACUAUCCACCUAAAGUCUCUUUUGAGUGUUCUUUCUUUUCUUUCUGAAAUUCAUUUAUAUAAAAUUCAAUGGAUUCUGGCUCUGAUAUUUCGAGGGUACUGUUCAAUACCACUUCUUAUGGAUUUGAUGCUUUAAAUGGGAUUUCAAGAGGAAGAUUUGUAUCAACAAACUCACUGGUUUUGGAUAGUGAGAAAGGAGAUCUAGUGAAUUCUCCUCCAAAUCCAAUAAUUGGAGAGAAAAAGAUUUGUGAUGCUAACAAAACUUUGGCAGCUUUGAAGAGUCAUAGGGAAGCAGAGAGGAGAAGAAGAAACAGAAUUAAUGGACAUCUUGCAAAACUUCGAGGACUUGUGUCAUGUUCUCCAAAGAUGGACAAAGCAACCCUACUAGCAGAGGUUGUUAGGCAAGUGAAGGAACUGAAAAAGAAUGCAGAUGAAGAAAGCAAAGGUUAUCUAAUUCCAAAAGAUAGUGAUGAAGUGAAAGUUGAACUUGAACCAUGUGAAAGUGGUGGAGUUGAUGGAUCAAUUCUUUACAAAGCAUCAAUCUGCUGUGAUUACGGACCAGAGCUUCUAACUGAUCUAAAACAAACUCUUGAUAACCUUAAAUUAGAAUUGGUAAGAGCAGAAAUGUCAAGUUUGGGAGACAGGGUUAAGAAUGAGUUUGUGUACACGUGUUGUAAAGUGGACAUUUAUGAUGUUGAGUUAUGUCAAGUUAUUGCAAGUAAUGUUUAUCAGGCACUGAGUUCUGUAUUGGAUAAGGCUUCUACUUCAAUGGAUUACGAAUUAAGAGUACCACGUCCUUGUAUUCAGCUUCAGCACACAUCUGCUUUGUCAUGCAACCAUGAAUUUUGUUCAUGUUGAUGCCAAACAUUUUGGUUAGGUUCUUUAAUAUUUGAGAUUUUUCGGAUUGGUCAUUUAACAUUUUUCAUGAGUUAUGACUUAUGACUUAUGAAUGAAGCUUCAAAGUUUUUGGUUUUGAAGCGUGUUGUUGUCUUUACAAUUAAUUAUGUAGCAAUUUAUUCAAAGGUAAACUAUCCUUUUUUGU